CCGCCUCCGUCAGUCAGCUGGUCAGAGCCCAUGGCAUUUCAGAUCAGUCAAAACAGGAACCGAUAGGAGGGGUGGGCGGCCGCAAAUUAUCUUCUCCUCUCCUCUCCCACGCGGUCUCCUCCUCGCGGUCGCCGCUCGGGUCAGGCUGGUAUCCCCCCUAAGCCAGCCGCCGGUCUCGCCGGCCUUCGCGGACCCAACGCAUUGCCGCCCCGCUUUAAACUAGCCCCUUAAUAAGCUGCCGUCUGCAGCGUCUCCUGCCGUCCUCCGAGCAGGGGCAGCACGAGGAAGUCCUCCUCCCCUCUCUCCCGCUGCCACUUGGACGGCGAGCUGCUGGAGCUUUCCUACCUCCGGCCUGCGGAAGGAUUCAAAUAGUGGACGGGCUACAGGCAGUAAAGAUUUGGAGAGCUGGGGACACUGGGAUGGCGUUUGCGGUCUCCGACGAGCUGCUGGGCACAUUCGUGCCGAUUGCGGUGUACUGGCUCUAUUCGGGGCUGUACAUCGUGAUGGACAGGAUGGAGAUUGACGACUACCGGCUCCACCCCAAAGGGGAGGAGGAGGUGAAGAACGUCGUCUCCAAGUGGACGGUCGUCAAGGGUGUCCUUGUGCAGCAGGGGUUUCAGAUUGCGGUCUCACUUCUCCUGUUCACGAUCAUUGGUGAUGACAGCGGUACUGUGAGAAAGCAGCCUCCCGCCCUGGUGAUAGCACUGCAAUUUAUCAUCGCAAUGUUUGUUAUGGACACAUGGCAGUACUUCAUGCACAGAUACAUGCACAUCAACAAGUUCUUGUACAAGCAUAUCCACUCGAAGCAUCACACUCUUGUGGUUCCAUACGCGUUUGGCGCUCUUUACAACCAUCCCCUCGAGGGCCUCAUUUUGGACACGAUUGGUGGCGCCCUCUCGUUCCUCGUCGCCGGAAUGACUCCUAGGACGUCCAUAUUCUUCUUCUCAUUCGCAACCAUCAAGACCGUCGACGAUCACUGCGGCCUGUGGCUUCCUGGGAAUAUCCUCCACAUGCUGUUCAGCAACAACAGCGCUUACCAUGACAUCCACCACCAGCUCUACGGCAACAAGUACAACUUCUCGCAGCCGUUCUUCGUCAUGUGGGACAAGAUCCUCGGGACCUACAUGCCAUACACUCUGGAGGAGCGCAAGGGAGGAGGUUUGGAGGCGCGCCCUGUUAAUCUCGGACUCGCAGCGCAGAGCAAGUCUGACUAAGUGAUUCACUUUGUCCCGGUCUUCACUUGCCCGGUGAAGAAUGCUCUACCUGAUCUUUUCUAACUACAUUUGUGUUGUAGAAUUCUUUUCCUGUCCAUAUAGAUAAAGCAUCUUGCUGGAAUGCCGUUGUGUACCAAGGUAUAGCAAAUAAAACACUGUGUAAAGAUGAUCCACUCUGAUUUGCUCAUGUGGGUUGGUUGUGUGUGAGCCUCAUGCUGAUGAUGGCCAAAGUGAGCUGGUAUUAUUAGCACUACAUACAUUAUGCAGCAGUGCGUUGGCCCUCACAUUCUUAAAGCUUCUCUGUGCUGUCAUGGA